CUGUAUGCAAGCACGAACGCAGUAUGUUAUAAUAUCCACAUGCUUCAUCGGUUAGUCCAUUUUCUAAUUCACUAUGAAUCAGGUUGGGGUAGUAUCAGACAUGGUCCUUUCAGUGCUAAACACCAAUGUAAGUUUCACUGCCUGUACUAUCAGCAACAAACAUUUAACAUCCUGCAGCUCCAUGUCUUCCAAGUUUCUCCCGCCCUCACCAUCAUUGAAAAGACCACAGCAAAGACUCUGGCACACUUGUUUGGCUUCACUGGAUCAAGAGCAGGGGGUAUCUCCUGUCAGGGAGGAAGCGCCUCAAAUUUGACUUCCUUGGUCGUUGCCCGGAACACAUUGUUCCCAGAAUGCAGGGCUUCAGGCAACGGUAACCACGACUUCGUCGUCUUCACAAGUGCGCAUGGGCAUUACUCGGUUGAAAAGAGUGCCAUGAUCUGCGGUCUUGGCUCAAACAGUGUCUGGCCUGUUCCUGUGGAUGAGUUUGGGUGCAUGAAGCCCGAUGCCCUGAGGGAGCUGGUCAUCCAUGCCAGGAAUGAAGGCAAGACACCUUUUUACGUGAACUCGACUGCGGGAACCACUGUCAUGGGCUCAUAUGAGCCGUUUGAGGAGAUUUCCAAGAUAUGUAAGGAGUUCGGUGUAUGGAUGCAUAUCGAUGCAAGCUGGGGAGGCCCUGCUAUCUUCUCGUCGAAACAAAAGCACAAGCUCAAUGGCGCCCAUCUGGCCGAUUCAUUGACGGUGAACCCUCAUAAGAUGAUGAAUGUUCCCGUCACAUGCUCAUUCCUCCUCGGACCAGACAUGAACAUUUUCAACAAGGCCAACAGCACCGCCGCAGGUUAUUUGUUCCAUACCAGCGAUAGCGGUGAUAUCUGGGAUCUUGCAGAUCUAACCCUGCAGUGCGGUCGCCGCGGUGACAGUCUUAAGCUUGCUUUGGCCUGGAUAUACUAUGGUGCUGCAGGUUUUGAGCAACAGAUCGACCACGCCUUCGAGCAGGCCGAAUACCUUGCCAAUCUCAUCAAGCAGAGUGACAACUUUGUGCUUGUAUCGCAAGACCCUCCUCCUUGUUUGCAAGUUUGCUUCUACUACUCCCCUGGAAGAAAUUUGUCCGAUGAUAAAGAGGAGAACACACUCCGGACCAAGAUGAUGGUCGAGAAAAUGAUCCUCAGGGGCUACAUGGUUGAUUAUGCCCCUGGUCCAAAGGGCAGCUUCUUCCGUGUUGUGGUUAACUGUCAAACUCUGCCAGGGACAGUCGAGGGCCUUGUUAAGGGUCUUGAGGAAGUUGGGCGCCAAUAAAUAGACUAUAGAAGAGGUAAUAUUAGAUAUUAUACUGUAUAUCGAGGCGGGUUGGGUUAUAUAGGCUACAUAUGGGGGAAAUAGAUAGGAUGAUACGCAUCAUGGCCAGUCACUAAACAAGGAUAUUGAGAAACACGGAGACUAUGUUCCAUGGUAAUGUAGAAGAUAUGGUCAAUGCUCUAUUCAUAAGGAAACGUUGUUUGAUUGGUGAUUUUUACGGGCUUGACUUGCGAAACUGGAGCGCCUGAGCUCGAUUGAGAGCUAUACGACAGUAGAUGAAUAUACUCAUUGCACUGCAACUCCCAUCGACCACAUGCCGGAUAAUGGUGUGACACAGAAUUAUAAUAGGCAUAUGGGAAGGACUUUCCAGUAAUAU